GCCGUUUGACAGAAUUAUGACCUCCAGUAUUUAUUAUGUGAAUUUUUUUAGUCUUUUAAGUGGUUCCAGUUCUGAUUUGAAACUUGAUCAUUUGGUGGAUAUGUGAAGUGAUCUCUUCCCUGUGAAACAAAAAACCCACAGGUUACAAACAUUUUAGUUCUGGGUUGGUGGCUGUAUGGGUAUAACCGUCAAUUUCCUCUUCAGAGUGUCUUAGGACAGCAGUUGUCAGUGCAUGCAAGAAUAAUAGUGUGACUGCCAUUUAAUGAGGAGAGAAGAUUUUUUUUUGAUUGGAGUUUGCCAAGUUUCUUGUUUGGAGAAGAAGUCUUUUCUUUCCUGGUUGGAUUUUUAAAUGUGACCUUUCACAAGCAUUUGUGAUGGAGUGGAUUCUGAGGCAAGCUGUGAGGCCUCCAGCGUGGUGGGCUCAAGGAAGUACAUUUAGUCUUUGCCCUUCCAGGUGGUGCCUCUAGAUUAGCCAGGGUGUGUGACUGUCCUGGUUUAAGGGAGAGCCAGCAGACCCAGGGGUAGGGAGGCUGUUGGUCUGUCACACCAUCUGCGAUCUGCUUAGGUCCCAGUGAGAUGCGUGGGUACAGGAGAAAGGGAAAGCUUUUAAAUUAAGGAAAUACAUAGGUUUUACAGGAAGUGGUCAUGUUUUACAUUGAAACUGAGCUCAUGGUUUCACUUCCUUUGUCUCACUCCUGUAAAUAUCUACAGGUCCUAUAACCAAGAGAGCCUGGUAACCAGCAGUUCACACACUAGGUUCAGUUGAUUUUGCUUCUAUGAAGAUAAGCGGAUGGCCACUGACUUUUAUCCUCAGGACAGAGAGAGGGAGGUGUGGUUGGCGGCCUAAUUCACAGUUGCAUCCGGUGAUCAAGGCUUUCCUGUGUGGCUCCAUCAGUGGGACCUGCUCCACCCUCCUUUUCCAACCCCUGGAUCUCCUCAAAACGCGCCUGCAGACUCUCCAGCCUUCAGCGCAUGGAUCCGGACGUGUUGGGAUGCUGGCUGUGCUCUUGAAGGUGGUUCGCACGGAGAGCAUUCUGGGCCUUUGGAAAGGGAUGUCCCCUUCCAUCGUGAGGUGUGUCCCUGGCAUUGGCAUCUACUUCGGCACUCUCUACUCCUUGAAGCAGUACUUUCUGCGAGGCCAUCCCCCCACCGCCCUGGAGUCGGUCAUCCUGGGAGUGGGCUCUCGCUCGGUUGCGGGGGUCUGCAUGUCACCCAUCACUGUGAUCAAGACACGGUACGAGAGCGGGAGGUAUGGCUAUGAGAGCAUCUACGCAGCCCUGAAGAGCAUCUAUCGCACUGAAGGGCACCGGGGACUUUUCAGCGGCCUGACGGCAACGCUCCUUCGUGAUGCACCCUUUUCUGGAAUCUACCUGAUGUUCUACAACCAGACCAAAAACCUCAUGACCCAUGACCAGUUGGAUGCAGUCCUUAUUCCCGCUGUAAAUUUCAGCUGUGGGAUCUUUGCUGGCAUUCUGGCCUCCCUGGUGACUCAGCCUGCGGAUGUUAUCAAAACUCAUAUGCAGCUCUCCCCAAUGAAAUUUCAGUGGAUUGGCCAGGCGGUGACACUCAUUUUCAAAGAUUAUGGGCUGCGUGGCUUCUUCCAAGGCGGUGUCCCCCGGGCCCUCCGCAGAGCUCUGAUGGCAGCGAUGGCGUGGACCGUGUAUGAGGAGAUGAUGGCCAAGAUGGGCCUGAAGUCCUGACCAAGAGGGACUGGGAAAAGACGGGCUCUGUUGCCCUCCCUGGCUCUUGUCAAGGGCUGCUUCGUCUCACUGUCCUGGAGUAAGAUGAAGUCCCAUCUGGAAAGCCAGGCAGAUGUGUCCCCUUCCGUUACCCAGUUUGAGUAGAGAAUAGAUGGGCCUGACUCAAGCCUUCAGAAUCUCCCCAAAGAGGGGCUACCGAUGUCUACGGCACACUGGGGAGUUAGGAGAAGGGCUUGCACAUCCCGCCAGGCUACUUGAAAAGGCCUUUCUGGAAAGCUCUGUCAGGUGGCUCUGCCUCAGCCACACCUACGCCAGGCUGCCUGUUUGGAUCUGUUCUUGGGCAAGGAUCACACAGCCAGAGAAGCUGUGGCUACAGAGCUCCCGCGGGGGAAGCCGGGUCUGCGGAGAGAGAGGGGUUCUUGUCACCAGGCUUUAGUCUGUGUCUGGGAUGCUGGGAGGAUGAGGAAGAAAAGAUAUCAUUACUUAAUUGGCUACUAAUCACCUUCUCAGAGGCUCUGAAGAAGCAGGGAGAGUGGCUUCUUAGCCUCUUAAGUAUCCAAAAUAACGAAUUUUGUUCUUGGCCUCUGCAAUGUUUCAGUUCUAAGUUGUUCUGGCAUUUUUUCUGCAGCUAAAGUUCACGUCAAUAAAGUGAAGCACUUUAUCAUUGAAAACUGUUUGGAAAACCUAAA